UUUUCACCCACAGCAACAGGACAGAACGCUAAACACUCUGUCGUUAACCAAAAACUCCCCCGAACUCAGCAGUCUUCACCGCACCAUGAGCGCCUGCAGCCUCAGCUCUGCUUUUGAGUUUGUUUUUCCAGAGAAGAUCAGUGAAAGCGCUGGGACUUUGUGGAGCCUCAUCACACAGAGUCACCUCAGAUUAAUAAACCUGCAAAGAGAGACCGAACAGGAGAUUUUACACGUCAGUCAACAAUUGACGUCGGUACGACUGCAGAAAAAGGCCCUGAGUUGUGAGACAGCAGCUUCAGGGAGUCUACAGACCGACGCUGAUCACUGGCAGGGAAGCUUCAAAUCAGAGAUCAGCACUAGCUUUGCCGGCAGCGAGCGUGACCUACAGAAGUGUUUUGUAGGUAAAGCAGCCCACGCAGAGCAGCUUCAGUUUCGUGAGCAGGCCCUCGUCGCCCUGCUGAGCAUGCUCGGGGAAAACAUCCAGAGAUACAGAGAGGAAAGCACUAAACUUGACCACCUGACCGAGAAGCUGAGCAACGGGAUGCCAGGAAGGAGUCAGACAGACGCAAGAAUGGAAACAGACAACAAAGACACAUUGCCUAGCUCGAAAAGCACGGCGGUACUUUCAAACGGACAUGUUCCCCCUGACAUGGAGAACGGGAAGAAGAACUGGAAAGCCAAUAUGAGGGCAUCGUUGAUGAAAGCGACUCAUCUCACCCGAUCAGGAAGUGUGAAAAAACUCAUCCACCAGUUCUCUGGUCCUGAGAGCAGUGAGCAGAUACUCUGUGUAUCUGAUGUUUCUCCAUCACAACAAACAAAAGAUGGAACAACUUCCAUCCAAGUUCCCGCCGUAAAAGUAACGUCUCACUCUGGAGGGUUGGAGAAUGUUCCCAAUGGUCCCAACACACACUCACACGCUGGCUGGUUUGACCAAGAGAACGGAGCAACCAGCCCUGAGUCUGAGGAGGAUCCACCUACCCCUAAAGCGUUGAACAGCCCGAAGUACCAGAUGUUCCUAGGAUCCGAUCAAAUCAGAAACGGACUUAGUGGACCAGGUGGACCCACUGAUACCAGUCCCAAAGACAACGGAACUCUUUCCAAGGGUUUGUCCCACUGGCGUUCGAUGGAGUCGUUGGCUGUUGGGAAUGCUGAGGCUCCUCUCAGAGUUUUUAACAGCCCUUAUUCAACCAUCUCACUGGACUACACCCCUGUAAACCGAAUGUCAGAAUUCAAGCUGCCGGAGAGAAGGUCUCCAUCACCAGCCGAGAUGAAUUUAUUCCGAAGCCCAAGUCCUGUGAACACCCUCAACGCUUCCCGUCCACGAUACUCUGUCUACGACACACUCAGCCGGAGACAAGUGCAACAAGCUCCUCCAUCGCAAUUCCUGAUGAGGAACAGCAUGCCCAGCAAACGGGAUUUCAUCGAAGAGCUGACCAGACAGCUGGAGGAAUGUCAGAGACGGAACCAGUUUCUGGAAGCAGAGAGCAUUGAGCUGGAGAAGGAAAGAACCCAAAUUCGCUUCGAGAUGCGGAAUUUGCUGGUGAACAACGAGGAUCUGCUGCGCAUGAACACACAGCUCCAGGGAGAACUGAAGAAGAUGAGAGAUAGGAUCGUCGAACUGGAGAGCGACAACAACGUGAUGGUGGAACGUUUCAAGCAGGUCGAGGUGGAACUGAAGGAGGCCCGAGAAGUCAUGGUGGAAGCAAACACUCAGGAAUACGCCUUUAACUUCCUGCAGCAGUCACUCAAAAACAGAAUACAAGAUGCAGAGGAGGCUCUGGAGAAGCAGACCCAGCAUGCACAGGAGCUCUCUGAGAAGCUGUGGCUGGCUGACAGGAAUCUGGAGGAGAUGGAGAUUGAAAAAGAAAACAAGGGAAAGAAAGCAGCAGAGCUGAGCAGCACUGUAGCUAGACUGGAGACGGAGCUGGCAGAGGCUCUGCAACUGGGAUCUCAGUCGAGCUCUGAGUUGAGUCUACAGCAGAAACUCAGAGUGGACACACAGCUAAGAGUAGAGGAGCUGGAGGAGUGUGUCUUGGAGAAAGAGCAGGAGGUUGCACGCUUGCAGCAGAUCAUCAGCCGCCUGCAGGGAGAGGUCUCAGAUAAGCUGAUGGAUAAGGAGCGAUCUCUUGAGGAUGAAAUCCAACUGAGGGAGAAAAUUCAGCUCCAGUGUAAGCAGGCGGAGAGAACGGUGGAGGAUUUACAGAUGGAACUGAACACAAUUACACAGAACAGAGACGAUCUGAGCAAACAGCUCAAACAGACACAGGAACAAGUGAUCGAUCUGGAAACUGACCUGGAGGAGAUGCAGGAGAAUGAGCAAAGACUUGUCACCAAACACAAGAGAGCAGUGGAACAGUUUGAACAGAUGCAGAUGAAACUGAUCCAGGAGAAGGACCUUAAUGAUAAACUGGAGUGUGAAAAAGUGAUCCUGGAGAGACAGGUUCGAGAGUUAAGGGGUGAAGUGGAGGAGCUGCAGAAUAACAGAGUUCAGGAGCACGUGAUAACUAAAGCAGAGACCAGAGCUAAAGAACUGGAGAACAUGCUGAGAUUGGAGGAAAGAAACAAAGUGGUGAUGAACAACACCAUCAGUAAGCUGGAGAGGAAGAUUAAUGAACUGAAUGAGCAGCUGGAGGAGGAGCACAAGAUCAGCAACGAGCAGAAAGACCUGAUGACCCAGAGAAUGAGAUCUCUCAAGAGGCAGCUGAACGAGGCAGAAGAGGAGGCGAGUCGCCGCGAGGCUCAGUUCAGAUACACACAGCGAGAGUUGGGAGAGGAGAGAGAGUCCACUGCUCGAUUACAGAAACAGCUGCUCGACAUGCAGCUCCAGAUGAAGAGAAAGGAGUCAAUAAUGAUGAGACAGACCCUGGAGACCUUUAAACUGGACUUUUCUGAUGACGAGGAGGUAGAAGUAAAGAAGCCUGAGAAGCCUGCAGAGACCGCUUCAGGCCGGAAUUAAUAGAGAGAGAGAGAGAGAGAGAGAGCUUGUGAAUGUAUAGAGAUGGCGAAUGUACGAGAAAUUUUAAUACAACUUGCAAAAACAUUUACAGCAAACGAAACUCCAACAAAAGAAACGUUUAACCUCUUUAAAAAAGGGGCAGAUAUUAAUAUUUAUGUCCUUAACUUUAAUACCUGGGAUCUAACCUAUCUUUAAACCUGGGAAAGGAAACCUCUGUUUGUUGGUGGCUUGUUUUUCAUAGUUGACUUCUACAUGGACAGUGUUUUCGGUCCAGACAAUAAGCUUAAGUCCGUCUGCUAAAUGUUGAGGUGACUGUGUUCUCGCUGCCAAACGUGUCACACGAAGUAAUCUUCAUCGAGCGAUGCGCAUGCCAUGCACUGUUUAUUUUUUUAACUGUAUAGAGGAAAGUCUUAGUAUUUAAUUUAACUUUUUCUUUUGUUUUCUGUCCUAAAGGUGUACAUGCUAUGAAAAUAAUGUAAAUACUUUUGUGAACGUCAAAUAAUUCAUUUUUCCUGUCAAUGCUAACGGUUAAAACGAGCGAUUAGUUCAGUACUAUUUUUUAAAAGAACACGGUUUUGUGCCGUAAUUUGAUGCUAAGUUUUUAAAAUCGGGACCAUUAUUCAAAUUUCACUUUCCGAUAGUCUUUCCUACAGCACUCUUAUAAACGUGUUCGUUCAUGCUAAUUAUUUAAAUAAGAUCCUACAAUCUUGCUGAAAAAAGGACAGCUCAGACCUACACGGAUUCCUUCUUGGUCCGAGCUUGUGUACGCGGGUUAGUGUUGGUCUGGUGCGGGUUUAGUUUGGCCAAAAUAUGCUCAUGCUAAUACAGUACAUGCAGUAGUAACACAUACAGUAACUAGCAUAACCAUAUGGAUAAAGGCUGUCAUUCACUCUUGUGAGAAAUUUUCUAAAUUAAAAUGUGCUAAUAUGCAUGGAAA